UGAUAGUGACGUACUUCUUCAAUUUGCUCCCCUCAUUGCAAGAUCUGAUGAAGAAGGCCAUGAAGACUGCAGGUUUACUAGCUGAGAAAUUGACGUACCCGGCCGUGCGCCGUGGCGAUCUGGUGGAGACGCUGCAUGGUGUGCAAGUGGCGGAUCCGUACCGCUGGCUUGAGGACCCGGACUCGCCCGAGACGCGUGAGUUUGUCACCAAGCAGAACGAAGUGACGCAGCGCGUGUUGAACCAAAUGCCGUUCGUGGCCGAAACCAAGGCGCGUAUGACGGAGCUUUUCAACUAUGAGAAAUACUCCGCUCCGCGUAAACACGGAGGCAAGUACGUCUUCUCCAAGAACGACGGACUACAGAACCAGAGCGUGCUGUACAUCCAGGACGAGCUGCACAGUGAACCUCGCGUGCUAUUGGACCCCAAUCUUUUAGCAGAGGACGGUACCGCCGCGCUAUCCAGUCGCGCGUUCUCGGAGGCCAAACUCCAGGACGGCAAGCUCUUCUUCGCGCACGGUAUUUCGCGUGGCGGCUCAGAUUGGCAGACCAUUAAGGUCAUGGCGGUGCACGACAAUAACAAGAUGUUGGACGACACAGUGGAGUGGGUCAAGUUCUCCAGUAUCUCCUGGACACACGAUGACAAGGGGUUCUUUUACUCACGCUACCCUCCUCCGGAGAAGAUGAAGGACGACAAGCACGACGAUGCAGAGGGACCCAAGAGAGGCACCGAGACGGACUCCAACAUGAACCACCAGCUUUGGUACCACAAGCUGCACACGCCGCAGUCUGAAGACAAACUGGUGUACGCAUACCCGACUGAACCAACGUUUAACGUCGGUGCUGAGGUCUCAGACGACGGUAAGAAGCUGCUGCUGUAUGUCCAAGAUGGCUGCAAGAAUGCCAAUAUGAUCCACGCCGCGGAUUUGAGUGACUUUGAGAACUUCCUGAAGGGCCCAAGUGACUCCACGAUCUCAGUGACGAAGCUGGUGGACAAUAUGGACGCAGCGUACUCGUACAUCUUGAACGACGGCGACUACUACUACUUCAAGACCAAUGCUGACGCCCCCCGCGAGCGUGUGGUGCGUACCAAACUCAGUGCCACGCCAGUGUGGGAAGAAGUGAUCCCGGAACAGUCAGACGCCAUCGUGAUCGAAGGUGUGCACCCUGUGGCGCCGAACUUGCUGGUCGUACAGCUCGUCAAGGAUGUGCACAACGAGCUGCAUGUGUACAACCUAGACGGUGUGUUCCAGUACGAGAUCCCUCUGCCUAGUGUAGGCACUGUGGGGGUGGCUAGCAAACGCACCGAGUCGGAGCUGUUCUACCACUUCAUCUCGUUCCUGUAUCCGGGUUCUAUCUUCCGUAUCGACCUGUCCAAGGCGGCUGUAACUUCUGGAACUGCACCUGAAGCUGAGCUGUUCCGGGAGACGAAGGUGAAAGAUUUUGAUCCGAGUCAGUUUGAGGCCGAGCAAGUGUUCUAUCCGUCCAAGGAUGGCACCAAGAUCCCCAUGUUCCUUGUAAAGCGCAAGAACGCACCGAAGAACGGCGAGUUGCCUGUGUAUUUGUAUGGCUACGGAGGCUUCAACAUCUCGCUUACGCCUGCUUUUAGCGUCUCGAGACUCGUGUUCGUGCAGCACUUUAAUGGUAUGUUGGCGCUGCCUAACUUACGUGGUGGUGGCGAGUACGGCGAGCAGUGGCACCAGGAUGGUAUGCUGCAUAAGAAGCAGAACGUGUUCGAUGAUUUCCACGGCGCAGCUGAGUACUUGAUCAAGGAGGGCUACACGAAUCCGGAAAAGAUCGCGAUCCACGGCGGAUCUAACGGCGGGCUGCUAGUGGCGGCUACCAGUAACCAGCGUCCUGAUCUGUAUCGUUGCGUGGUGGGCGCUGUGGGUGUCAUGGACAUGCUGCGCUUCCACAAGUUCACUAUCGGCCACGCUUGGCGCACGGACUACGGUGAUCCAGAUGUGGCUGACGACUUCCACUACAUUCGUCGCUAUUCGCCCGUGCACAACGUGCCGCAUGCCGAUAGCCCCAUCAUGCAGAAGCUGUCGGAGCGUGGUGGAUUCCCUUCUGUGCUGCUGACUACUGGCGACCAUGACGAUCGUGUGGUGCCUCUGCACUCAUACAAACUCAUUGCGGAACUUCAGCAUCAAUUGGGACACUCGGAGACGCAGACGAACCCUCUACUCAUUCGUAUUGACACCAAGUCCGGCCAUGGAGCUGGAAAACCCACCACCAAGAUCAUCGAGGAGACGUCCGAGGUAUUUGCCUUCAUCGCGUGGAACCUCGGCGCUCCGUUCGUCGCUUAAGAAUAGUCUUUCCCUAGUAGAAAGAAACUCACCACAAUGAACGCAUGCUAGCUCGCUUUAUCUUCCCUUUAGAGA